UGGGUAAAAUGGAUGUCAAUCAGCAGGGCCUGGUGGGCGGGGCUGCAGGAGAGUUCGUGACAGCGGCCUUAGCAACGGCUUCCUAGAGUGGGAGACGGAGGUUGUGGUUAGUGCUGCGGGUGGGUGAGGCCGGAGGCUCUGUCCAAAGGUGCAGGCUGAGGACAUGGCAUCCGGCUAUGGCACAUUUUCGGAUGAAUGGAAGAGAAGAGCAGCAGAAAUUGAAUUGAAUGAAAUUCAAAAGCAACUGAUUAAAAAUGUCUUUGAUUUAUUUGAUGCUGAUGGGUCUGGAACCAUAGAUAUGAAGCAACUUAAGAUUGCAAUUCAGACCUUAGGAUUUGGACUAAAAGCAGAAGAAAUUAAACAAAUAUCUGAGCUCAUCAAGGGAGGAAUUGACACCAUUGGUUUUGAAGACUUUUUUGCCAUUAUGAGUGUAAAAAUGAGUAAAAAAGAUGAUAAAGAAGAAAUGUUGAAGGCUUUCAAAUUAUUUGAUGAUGAUAAUACUGGGUGCAUAACACUAAACACUAUCAAGAGAGUUGCCAAGGAAUUAGGGGAAAAUUUAACAGAUGAUGAGCUUAAGGAAAUGUUUGAUGAAGCUGAUAAUGAUAGAGAUGGAGGAAUUAAUGAGGAAGAAUUUUUGAGAAUGAUGAAAAAGACUGCUCUUUAUUAAUACCAUUGCCUUCUCUGCAAAGUUGUCAACAAAUUUGUAUUUGUUAUAUAGUUCAAUAAUUUAUUAUCUCAAUAUAUUCAUUUUCAAAUUUUAGUUUAUAUGCACACAAAUUGGUCUCUUGAUGUCUAGUCCAUGUGAAAUUGCACAUAUCUACUAACUGUUGUUAAAUCUGUAGCAUCAGAAGCAGUGUAAUAACUUCUUUGAA